AUGCGUGAUAUAGAUAUCGUAUACAAUCCGUUAAUUAUUGGUGAAAUAUUUGCCUUUUUCCGUCCACCUGAAACAAGUAUCGAUAGUAUUAAUGCAUUGGUGGAAGCCGCUGGAGAUGCUUUGGAAGAUAUUCAACAAAAACGCUUACCUCAAAAUAUUCGUAUUGAUUUGUUUUUGGAUAGUAUCAAUUUUAUCUUGAACAAUGAUGGGAUUCGUAUUGCGACUGGUGAACUUUCUCAUGGUGAGCUAUUGAUUUUGCUUAUGGGUGAUAAGAUUAAAGUUCAAUCGAAAUUUGCAAACUUUACCUUGACGGAUGAUUCAAAGAAACCACUUCAAAACCAAGAUAAACAAUUCAAUGGUGAUCAAAUACUGACAAUUCAGGGUGAAGAAUUGAUUGAUUUAAGCUAUGAAACUUUCCAGAAACCCAGUCUAGAUGCAAAAGACGAUCAUUCCUAUCCUGGCUAUGACCAAUCGUUAUACCUUCGCAUGGGCUCUGCUCAGUUUACAUUUUUGGAAAAACCUGUAUGUAAUUUACUCUCCUUUUUCAGUAAAUCUGCGGCCAUGAAAGCAUUUUAUGAUCGUGCACGACAAGCCGCUGUAGAAACUGCUCAACAACAAUAUAAUACUACUACCAAGACACAUUUUGAUAUUGUUAUUCGCACUCCAGUAGUACUCUUUCCUGAAUUACAAAGACAACAUCCAAUGGAUGUAGUUGUAGCUCAUCUAGGUGAAAUCUGGGCUUCCAACUCAUUCAUAGAAGAAAGCGAUGGUUGUAUGAAUCAUAUCAGAUCAGGCCUUCGAGAUAUGCAUCUCACAUCCAAAUGGCAUUAUACAAAUAUCGGUGGAAAUGAUAAACAAGUACAGCUUCAGACUCUACCUAUUAUUGACAACAUUGAUUUGAACUUUGACACUAUCAUACCUCAUAUUAAAGACAAUCAAUAUCAAAAAAGAAGUGAUGGUACUAUUCGUCCUGGUGUCGAAGUAGUUGGCGAUCUUAGUCGGGUAUCUAUGAAUCUUACUGAACGACAAUACAGCUUUUUGUUAGAAGCAACUCAAAUGGCAUCUCGUAUACUAGGCAAAAUACAACAACAGGAUGAUCAAACUACCAUGGACAGGGAUGAAUAUCAAGAAAGUAACCAUUUUAAUCGACCUGAAAAUACUGUCAAGACACCCCCAGAAUCAUCUCUCGUACAGCGUCAACAACAAGACAAACGUGUAUUUGAUGUAGAGCAACAAACCGUUCAGGAGAAGAGCGAGGAUCAAACCCCAUCUCGACUUCGAUUUCAAAUGUCAUUUAGGAUUCCUGCUAUUGAAUUUGAAGUUUAUACCGAAAAGACCGAUAUUUUACUUUAUAAGAGACCAAUAUCAAUUGUCCCUAUCAGCUUAUCAAAAUUUGCUUUGAAUGGAUCAUCGAUAUCUGUGCUUGGACAAGAAAAUGGGAGCAUGAAUAUUAAAUGGCAAGUGCGUGCACUGACUGUGGAUGAUACAAGACCCAAUAUAAGAAGCAAGUUUAAAAAUAUAGUUCCGCCUAUCCAGCAUGGAAAUCAGUUUGUUUUACUUUGUGACAUUUCCCCCCCUCCUACUCCAGAGAGUGGUGCAAAUCGCCAUGGUAUUGUACUUGUGACCAUCAAUGAACCCAAAAUGAUUGUUUCUUUGGAUCAUGUCUUUAUGCUCUACCAAUUCUUCACUGCUCCUAUUUCUAGAAAUAAUUCAAAUAAAAAGCCUCCACCACUACCACCGCGUACAUCGCAACAACAACAACAGCAACAACAGCAGCGACGACGAUCUUCGUAUUAUGGAGGCAGAUGGUAUUCAUCAGGCAUAUACACCAACGAAGACACUAUCACAGAAGAAUCAACAUUAGAGCUGUCGUAUCGCUUGAAUAUUACCAACGUAGAGUUUAUCCUACUUGCUGAUCCUGAUGCAGAAGAUUCUGAAGCUGUAGUACUUUCAACCGAAACUGUGAUGAUUUCACAACAAUCUGUCAUGGCGCUUGCAGUUAAACAAAUGGGAAUGUUUCUAUGCAGGAUGGAUAGUCGUGAUACGUCUACAUUGCGAUUUAUUCAGCCAUUCAAUGUAUCAGUUUCAAUGAAUAACAACAAUUUAUCAGCAAGAUCAUCCGAUACUACUGAUGGUCAGCUUUUGACUGAAUUGGAAAUAGAUGUGGAUGCUUUGGUUCUUUGUCUUUCCUAUCGUGAUGCCAUGUUAGUCACCUCUAUCUUUAACAAGGCGUAUGAACUUUAUAUUCAGCAUAUUAGUCCCACUCUCUCUGACAAGAGUACCUCUACUCCAAGCAUGACUUCCCGCUUCGGGUCAAAAUCAAUUGAUAAUUAUGCAAAAACAAUCUUCACUUCCGCGAAAUCUGAAAUUGACAAUAUUCUUCAACUAUCUGAUCAAACAAAAGAAUCUUUACGAGCAUCAUUCCGAGGCAUGCAAAUCAUUUUGAUCGAAGAGGUGCAUGAAUUUCCAAUGAUUGACAUGACAUUACAACCUUUUGAAAUUACUGCUUCUAAUUGGUCAAAACUGCUCUCCGCCAACGUACAUUUUUCAGCAUACGCCAAUUAUUUCAAUAUUAAAAACUCACAUUGGGAACCAUUAGUUGAACCUUGGCAAUUCAAAUUGGAGAUCUCGAAAGGGAAUCAAGAAGAACAGCCUUUGAAUAUCAAAGUUCUCUCCACCACAGAUCUGAAUGUCAAUAUCUCUCAUACGUUUUUGGAAAGUGCAAUGACAACCAUUACCAUGUUUGACAAACAGAAAAAUCGUGGUCAUGAAUCUCCAUACAGACUUAGGAACCGUACUGGUUAUCCCAUACAUGUUUGGAACAAUAAUGAAAAUAAUCUCGGUGGUGAAGUGACUGUAAAAAGAAUUGAGGAUGGAAAGGAUUUGCCUUGGUGGUUUGAAGAUUGGCGAAAACGACGAGAAAUGACCGAAACAGUCAGCAAUAUUUUGAAUGUUCAGUUGGAAGGGGCGUUAUGGGAAACACUACGUAAUGCUAAAGUAGAUACAGAAGGUGAACACAUUUACCCACUAAGACCACUCGUACGAAAUGUGCAACAUCGCUUGGUAUUUGACGUCAAAUUAGUGGAUAAUGUGAAAGUAGUGACUAUUCGAUCGGCUUUGAUGAUUGAAAAUCGUACACUACUACCUGUAGACGUGACACUUCUUGAUUCUCGAGGUUAUUCUGAUGGUACUUUCAUCAAGAUUGCUCCUGGUGAUGAUUACCCACUUCCUAUUGAAAGGGCUUAUCACAAUCGAUUUUGUAUUCGGCCUGAUGUUGGAUUCGGAUACAAAUGGACCAGUCAUGCUAUACAUUGGAGUGAUUUUACAAAGAACGAUGAUUACCAAAAAACCAUUAGCUGUGUGUCUGAAGAAGGAAAUGAUAUGCCACCUUUUAUUUUUCAAAUGUUUGCUCGACAUGACAAAAGCAAUGCAUUAUAUGGUCACUAUUGCGCCAUGUCUAUUCGAUUGAGUGCUCCUGUGGAAAUUGAAAAUUUAUUACCCUAUGAUUUCAAUUUUAGAAUCAUCGACAAGACAGCAGGACAAGAUUAUAACUCAUUCUUACGGAAAGGUGGUUCCAUUCCACUUCAUGUGGUAGAAAACAAGCAUUUACUUCUUCUCAAUAUCCAUAUGCCAGAUACAAUUUAUAGUGCCAGCGAUUUUGCCAUCAUUAGUACCCGUGGUUCAGAAGACUUGGAUAUUGAUGAUACAUUCCAAUUGAUGGAUCGUAGUAAUAAUCGAUUGACAUUGAAAAUCAAUACUAUUGAUAUCCCUGAAUCCGGAGGCGCACGGAAAUAUAGUAUAUAUUGUCCUUACAUCAUGAUUAACAAGACCAGUUUACCGAUCGCUUUCAAACCAAAACUUGCCUGGCAAAAUUCUGUAUUUUCCUCCCAAACUGAUUUCACUGUUUGUAGACCAGCAACAAAGCCUGAACCAUUUAUGUACUCUUAUCCUAAGUAUGAUAAUCGAAAUCGAUCUCUCAUCCAAACCUCUGGAUCAGAAUGGAGUGAGCCACUCAGCUUUGAAGCAGUACGAACAGUAUAUGAUGUAAACAUUCCAACACCCUCGCAAUCUGAAGAGUUCCAUAUUGGUGUUAAUGUUCAAGAAGGACAAGGAAAGUACAAGCUGACAAAAAUGGUGACAUUUACUCCUCGAUUUAUAUUGAGCAAUCACUUGAAUGUUAGCAUACGAUACCGGGAACCUGAAUCUCGUGUAGAUCAAGAAGUGGAACCUCAAUCCAGAAUACCCCUUUAUCGCGUUCGUAAAGGUGCUGAAAAGCAACUUUGUAUUAAAUUACCGGGGAUCAAUAACGUGUGGUCAUCACCAUUCAAUAUUCAAGAUAUAGGCAAAGUACAUGUUCGCUUGGAUAGUGCUGAUGGUUCUACCACUAUGCUGAUGAAAGUGACAACUAUUUUAGAAGAUGCUACUAUUUUUAUUGUUUUAGACAAGGAAGACGAUAAUGAAUGGCCUUACCUGUUGAUCAACCAAACGAACGAAAAUAUGACAUUCUAUCAAGAAAACCCUAUGACGAUAUCGGACAGCUAUGCUGGUCAACAAUACAAAACAAACAAAUCAAAGAUAUACACUAUACCUCCUCAAUCAGAGGUCUCUUAUUCCUGGGAUAUGCCUGCUGUUAAAGAUAAAAAGAUUAUUUUAAACAUCAAUGGUCGGGAACGUGCAAUUAAUCCUCAAGAAAUUGGUAGUCAAUUGCCUUUCCGUCAUAUGACAAAUAAUGGACAACAAGCGAUUACCUCAAUAGAUAUCAAAACACAUGGUUCAUGUCAGAUAAUUCACUUGUUUCCUUUCAGUCAAGGUAGUAGUUUAUUCAGACCUGCUUCUGGACAAAGUACCAGCUCUUCAAUAUCACGUUCAAAUAGUAGCAACUAUAGAGAAGGUUCCAGAAAAGGUUAUGAUGAAUUUGAAGCCAUUGAUGUCAAGCCUGUCAUUCAUGCCAUUUUCCAAAUUAAGCUUUCUCACAUUGGGAUUUCUGUCAUCAACAAGCAAUUACAAGAACUUGUGUAUGUGACAUUGAAAAACAUGGAUAUCAAAAUGACUGACUCAAAUAUGUAUCAAUCUCUUCGAUGGAAUAUCAAAUGGCUUCAAAUUGACAAUCAGCUCUAUGGAACGCUAUUUCCUAUACUUCUUUAUCCUACGAAUAUGACAAAAGAAGCAGGACAAGAAAUAUUACCCACUUUUCAGCUGGCACUGGAUAGAGUCAAAGAUGAUUCACAUGGUGUUCUAUAUUUCAAAUAUUUCUCAGUUCUACUACAAGAAAUGAGCGUUGAAAUGGAUGAAGAAUUUAUUUACGCAGUUCUUGAUUUCUCUCGUCUCGAUGUGAAUGGCUGGAACACUGAUAUGGAUGAAAGUAAUAUAUGGGAAUAUAGUACCGAAAUCCCUGAUGCAAAAGAACAAGACAAUGUUUCCCUCCUCUAUUUUGAAGUUCUUAGUGUUCAACCUAUUCGGUUUGAUCUUUCCUUUGUACGAACAGCGCAGAUUAAUAUGGUGGACGACAUAAACCAAAACAACUCUGCUUUAAUGUUCUUUAUCAAUAUUCUUACUAUGGCUAUUGGAAAUAUCAAUAACGCUCCUAUGCGAUUCAAUGCAUUGGCUGUAGAAAAUUUAAUGGCUAGUCGGCAGGAUUUAACCGAUCGUAUUUUUAUUCAUUACAGUGAUCAAUUUGUAUACCAAAUUCAUCGCAUGCUUGGAUCAGCCGAUUUUCUAGGCAACCCAGUGGGUCUCUUUAACAACCUAAGCUCUGGUGUAGCUGAACUGUUUUAUGAACCAUGGCAAGGACUUAUCAUGAGUGAUCGACCACAAGAUCUGGGAAUGGGUAUUGCUAGGGGAUUCAGUGGAUUCGUUCGAAAGAGUGUAUUUGGUGUGACAGACAGCUUCACUAAGUUUACUGGUAGUAUUGGUAAAGGAUUAUCGGCAGCAACUAUGGAUCGAGAAUAUCAAGAACGAAGAAGGAUGAAUAUGGCAAGAAACAAACCUCGUCAUGCAUUGGUUGGAAUGGCACAAGGUGCCAACUAUUUUGCAAAUAGUCUUGCCAGUGGAGUCACUGGUCUCGUUACACAACCUAUAGAAGGUGCUUCCAAAGAAGGUGUAGGAGGCUUUUUCGCAGGCGUUGGUAAAGGCAUUGUGGGAGCUGUUACCAAACCUGUUGUAGGUGUAUUUGAUCUUGCUAGUAAUGUUACGGAAGGGAUACGUAAUACAACAACUCCUUCGGAUACAAAUGAUAUAGAACGUAUACGAUAUCCAAGAUUUAUAGGAGAAUCUGGUGUUUUGAAGUCUUACAAUCUUCGAGAAGCUCAAGGUCAAAGCUGGUUAAAGGAUGUCGGAGGCGGGAAAUAUUUUAAUGAUGCUUAUAUAGCUCAUUGUCAUGUUCAAGACAAUGAUCGUGUGGCAAUGCUUACUUCCAAUCGACUCAUGUUGCUUCGUACUAGAAGAUUAGGAGUGGAAUGGCAAGAACCUUUUACGGAUAUUCAAACCAUCAAGUGCGAACCAACAGGUAUUGCUAUUUAUCUUCGUAGUAUGAGUUGGGAACCAUUUUUGGUAAUUCCUGACAAACGCACUCGUGAAUGGUUUUUUAAGAAAAUAGAAGAUACUGUAUUACAAUACAAUGCUGCUCGAAGACCAAUGCAAUAA